AUGCGCUCGUCCACCAUUAUCCUCGCCGCCUUCGGCCUGGCAGGGUCCGCCCUCGCCCACGGCGACCACGGCAGCGGGUCGCAAAAGCCCAUUGUCGGCGAGAACGCCUCAUGGAUGGUCAAGCACAUGGCUGAGGAACACCACGUCGAGAACUUCGACGCCGCCUCCUUCUUCGCUCUGCACGACUUCGAUGCCGACGGCACAUGGGAAGGACUCGAGAUUCUCCGCACAUAUGGCUUGAUGGACGACUCCAACAAGGGCGUUUCUCAGCCCAGGAGAGACGAGAUAGUCCGCGACAUCCUUGGCUUGAUCGACUACGACCGCAACGGCGUCGUCACCAAGGACGAGUUCGUGCGCUUCAUCGAGGUCGAGGGCAAGACGCUUCCAGAUAUGGGUACGGGACCGGGUCACCACGGCGAUGCUGAGUACGAGUACGAGAUUCAUCACUGGGAAAAGUACCACGACGACAACACCAAGCUCGAGGACCUCACCCAUCCCGAAGACAUUGAACAUUUCAAGAAGCACGAGGAAAUGGAACUCGAAGAAGAGCGGUUAGCCCAGAUGGACAAGAUCGCCAUCAUCGAGGAAAACAUCCCCGCCAAGUUCCGGAGGAGUGGGUAAAGAGAGCGCUCCUCCCUAGCUGCUCGAUUUGCGUACAUGAUUUGAUUUUUUGUUUCUUUUUUUCCCCGGCGCAUAUGGAGAGGUCCAGGGCUGGAUAUCUAGACACGGAUGGAUGCUUGUUUGGAAACGGAUCUUUUGUUGUUCCACACCUAUGUAUAAACUGAUGAAUGCCAACCCGCGCAUUUGGCGAAAGGGUUACGACGAGACCAGACCGUCAUGUUGGACGACGACUACCACUACCACCACUACUACUACCUGUACCAGAACACCUUUUAAUGUAUACAUCAAAGACACAAUGCCACACAUCUGGCGCAAACGUCUUGACG